GCUAAUGGCGAAUCUAGCAUUGAAUAGCCCAUAGCAAAUUUUCAUUUUGUACUAAACAUUUUAAUCAACAUCAAAAAGAGGUUAGAUCCCGCAAUAGGGAGCCCUUUCCACUACUACUAUUGUAUACUCUACAUCCAUCUGUUUGGUAUGUUUGGUGCAGAGUCUGUGGGCAUGGAAAAAGGGGGGUUGAACGGAGGAAUGCUUAAAACUGGAGGAUGUACACCUUUUGACAAGGUACCACAAGACUACUAGAUAUCACCCCUUCUCUGGAUCGCUAGGGACAUGCAACGGUGCAUCACGCGUUGAAGGAUGUUGCACAAUAUGUUAUACGUCACCCUUCACUCCAUAUUAAUCAGACACGGCGCACCACGCUUCAUCUCAUUGCCGAACAUCAACCUGAGAUUUCCCCAGUGUAAGUACAUGUUACGGAGAAUCUUGCUCCUGUGAUCAAUAACGCCACAGCUUAAGCUCGAUUCGACUGAGUAGCACAUGAACAGCCUUUUUUUUUUUUGUACAUUCACACACAUACACACACAUAUAUAUAUAUAUAUACAUAUAUGUAUAUAUGUGAACACUUCAAAGUUAUUAAAAGUAGUUUGGAACAGAUUGCGCUAAAAGAAAUCACUCUUCCCUUGAUAAUGUGUGAGAAAGAAGUUCAUGUGAUUAUGUGUUUGUAUGGUGUGAGUAUACAGUGUGCUAUAAAGGAGUAGUACGUUCAUUUUAUAAAAAAAAUACGCUUUACUAUCCACAUUCAUUGUAAUUAUCUAUUCUUAACCCAACACACCGUGACAACACGCAUAAAAUACUGUUGUUUUCAUUCAUUAUCUCCUUGUUUAGCAUUGUGAGUAGUGAGCCACUGGCCACAGAGACUAUUAAUUUACGGGCUUCUCUUACUCCUCCUUUGUUUGUAUUUUCUUCUUCUGAUGUUCUUCAUGCUUUACUUUGCCCAGUUCCUUCUACAUUACCUACUGAACCUAUAUAUUACUUUCAUCAAAGCUCAAUCACCUUUAAUUUUUAUCAUAUUUUUUUAAAAGUGGAACCUAAUUCUUGCAGAUCACACGCAUUUCAACCUAACAAUAUAUCGCAAACCACACAGUCUCCGAUAUGAGUUUCCUUAAUCGACUAGCUGGUGUGAGCGGGAUGGCGGUUUAUGCCCCUCCCUGCCGCGUCGGUCUGAAGGAGUGGUGCCAGUGGACGGGGAACAAUUGGGAUAAGGUCUCGAGCGUCGUCGGACAAUCCUUCCGCAUAACAAACCACAACGAGAACGCCUACACUAUGGCCGCCAAUGCAGUUCUUCGCCUUAUUUUGAACUACAACGUGGAUCCCGGGAAGGUCGGGUUUCUCGGCCUCGGCACCGAGAGCUCCUCCGACAACUCCGCCGGCGCGAUUAUCAUCAAAGGGAUGGUCGACAAGAGCCUUGAGACGCUCAAGCUGCCACCGAUCUCCCGUCACUGCGAGGUCCCGGAGUUCAAACACGCCUGCCUGGCCGGUGUCUACGCGAUGGAGAGCGCAAUUCGUUUUUGUGCGGCUGACGGGCGGGAUCGGGUGGCGAUCGUUGUCGCCUCCGACAUCGCCGAGUACGCGCUUGGAUCGACCGGGGAGCAGACGCAAGGGGCAGGCGCCACCGCGAUGCUCGUCGAGCGCGAUCCGAAGCUCUUUGACGUGCAACUGCAGUACUCCGGCUCCGCCUCGGACUACCGCGGGCCGGACUUCCGCAAGCCCCACCGCCGCUACAUGAUGGACCUCGCGGCCUACCGUGGGUCGAACGCGAACGGGAAGCUCGCGGACUUCCCCGUCUUCUCCGGCCCCUACAGCACCUUGGUCUACCAAGAGGAGGUGACGGUGGCGGUGGAGCACAUGCUGGAGCGGCUGGGACAGGCCCCUGGGAAGUACUACGAUAACGUCACCGCGCUCUUCUUCCACCGUCCGUACAACAUGAUGCCAAUUCAGGCGAUGUCCUUUCUCUACACUCGCGGCCUCGCUCGUGCGACCUCGGACGAGCACAUCGCGUACCUGAAAGAGCUCUGUGCGAAGGCGAAGGUGGAUCCCGCGAGCGUGGUCGCGGAGCUCGAUAUCAUCCCAGCCUACUUCAAGUCGAUCGAGAAGGGGGUCGAGCCGAUCGAUGCCUUCCCGAACACCGGAAAGGUCGCGAAGGUGUUGCGCAGGGAUCAGCGGUUCAGCGAUCUGCUGGAUCGGAAGAUGAGCCUUGGGAGCAAGAUGAUGGGGAACUUUGGUAACUUGUACACAGCCUCGCUUCCCUGCUGGCUUGCCUCCGGUUUCGAGGAGGCGUACAAGGAGAAGCUCGAUAUCACGGGGAAGCCAAUGGUGAUGGUGGGGUACGGCAGCGGUGACGCCAGCAUGGCAAUCCCAAUCGUCCCCGUCGACGGCUGGGAGAAGGCCGCGGCGAAGCUCAACGUCGAGGAAGCCCUAAGCAACUACAUCAAUAUCGACAAGGAGCAGUACGAGGCACUGCACAGCGGCGCACAGAAGGCCGAUCUCGCUGAGGGAAAGCGUAAGAUGGAGUUUGUGGUGGACCGGAUGGGGAACCGUAACGAAGAGGCGUUUCAAGAUAUCGGUAUCGAGUAUUAUCGUUUUAUUUCGUAA